AUGUCGUUCUCUACCAACUCUAUGAUCAUGCUGCUGAGCGCAGGCAGCGCAUUCGCUGCAAUGGCCCCCCCGGGAUAUGCCGCCCCGCCAGGCUACGCUGCUACUACUCCAGCUCCAUCAACCACUGGCGCACCAGUCUCCGACUGCGCAAAGGCCUGCAACGAAGCGUACAAUGCUUGUCGCACCGCCCCGGACGCGAACAUGGCCUUUUGUGCAUCGAAGCUUGCCAGCUGUGUGAACUACAACCCCUUUACAGAGGGAGGUAGCUUCAUGAGCCCUACGGCAUGCUCGGCCGCCAGUUCCACGGCCGCCAGUUCCACGGCCACCCACCCCGCUGUAUACACUACGAGCACCACCGGCGGCUCAUCGGACUGCGCCAAGACCUGCGUCGAGAAGUGGGACGCAUGCAGGUUCGCUCCUGAUGCCAACAUGUCAUUCUGCUCCUCCCAGCUCGCUUCAUGUGUCAACUACAACCCAUUUACUGAGGGUGGUAGCUUCAUGACGCCCACUGCUUGUUCCAGCUCGGCUGUCAAGACUUCAUCAUCCCCACCCACAUACACUACCCCGGCUGCCGGUUCCGACUGCGCAAAGGCCUGCAACGAGAAAUACGACGCAUGCCGCGUCGCCCCAGAUGCCAACAUGUCCUUCUGUGCAUCUCAGCUCGCUUCAUGUGUCAACUACAACCCAUUCACCGAAGGAGGUAGCUUCNCUUUACAGGUCGCCCCAGAUGCCAACAUGUCCUUCUGUGCAUCUCAGCUCGCUUCAUGUGUCAACUACAACCCAUUCACCGAAGGAGGUAGCUUCAUGUCACCCACGGCCUGCUCCAGCUCGUCGGCUGUCAAGACUGCUUCAUCCCCACCCACAUACACUACCCCGGCUGCCGCUUCCGGUGACAGCUGUGCCAAGGCCUGCAACGAGAAAUACAACGCAUGCCGGGUCGCCCCGGAUGCCAACAUGUCUUUCUGUGCGUCUCAGCUUGCUAGCUGCGUGAACUACAACCCCUUCACCGGCGGUGCCUUCAUGAGCCCAACUGCAUGCUCUUCCAGCUCCACUGCUGGCGCCACUGGCCCAGCCACGUACACACACGUCUCUCCAGCUCCUACCGCCAGCACCCCAUCUGGUGACAGCUGUGCCAAGGCCUGCAACGAUGCGUACGACGCUUGCAGAGUCGCCCCAGAUGCCAACAUGUCCUUCUGCGCAUCUCAACUCGCUACCUGCGUGAACUACAACCCAUUCGAGGGUACCUUCAUGACCCCAACCGCAUGCUCUUCCGCCUCCACCGCCGGCGCAACUGGCCCAGCCAUGUCCACACACAGCGCCCCAGUAUACGGAGCCGGCAACGGUACUUCCGCAACUGGCACAGGCAGCUACCCUCCACCAGCACAGUACACCGGUGCGGCUUCGCUCCUUAGCAGCUGCGGAUCUUUCGUCGCUAUUGCUGCUGGUGCCGUUGGUCUGUUGAUCUAA